GGUCUUGCACUCAGCCAUUAGGUGCCAGACUGUUUCAGGGGUGUCUCUACAAAGCCUGCAUCUUAUGUCCCAACUCAUGUGAUAGAACCCAGUCUGUAUUGUUCUUGUGUUUGGAAGGAUUGAACUGGUUCCGGAAAGCAACUUGACACUCACAAUAUGGCAGACGCGUUGACGUACCGUUUUAUACAGGGACAAUGAAGCCAAUGAUCUAUACACAAAAGAAAUGCUUAUAUUUUCCUACAUUAUUCACAAAUGCGUACAAAAGAAAAUAUUAUGUACACAAUAGUUAUUAAUGCACAUGUACUUUAAAUUUUUACAUGCUCAUUUAUGAGACAUUCGCCCUUUUUAUUUAGUACAAUCCAAAGCUACGGAAAAAGCGCAGUUAAAACAAGUUACUUAAAACAAGCCAUAUACACCUGUACAAUUAUAAACAUUUGUAUUUUUAUUUGCGUUUAUUUUCUGUUUUAGCAAUCUUCAAAUUGUGGGGUUUGAAUGUUUUUGCCGUGAGACAUAAAUCAGAUAUUCUCUAAUAAAGCUUACACAAUUGUACAGACUUUCACGCCUUUUUGUUUGCUCCAUUAACACCAAAUAACAAAAGACUCACCUACAUGAAAUCGUCCUUAACAGCUUCCGUUAUUGCGACGCAAAAAUUACAAGCUUCCUGUCACGCGACCAGUACAGUACCCUCACGUGACUUCAGUCAAUAAAAAUGAAAGUGGUGCUCAGCUGGUUUGAAACUGCAGCUCUUAUUUUUAUUCUUAAUGUGUGCUUUAACGAGAGUUAUCAGCUGACUGGGCUGCAGGUAUGCUCGCUCUGUGGUGGGACAGUCCAAAACACCUCCGAUGUGGGUCAGUUCUGUUCUUCAUCCGCUGGACGGAUAGACAGGAGGUGUUGUUUAGCAAAUAAUAACACAAUCGACCCUGAACGCAUCAUCGGGUUGGACCUAUCCAAUUGUUCCCUGACUCAAGUAAAAGAACUUCCAGGAGCAUCCAAAGUGUUCAUGAUAGAUCUCUCACUGAAUCCCAUUGUCAACAUCAGUGAGAAGGUGUUCCUAGGAUUUCUUGGCCUAAAUUACAUGAUUUUACCACAGGACGUGGUUUGUCCGGGUGGGAAUGUGUCUUGGCAAAAGGUGAAAGUCAAACAGGGAAAGCGCCUUUGCAAGGGCCAGAAUAAUAUGUGCAACCAGACAGGACAGAUGUCCAUGAGCUGUCCAGAACACUCCCUUUGCGGUCCCUACGGUCCUGGCUUCUUUGAGUGCAGCUGUGCUGAAAAUUAUCAGGGAUACAAGUGUCUUCGACAGGGGGAGUUCCCAGUUGUCGAGGUGUUCGGGCCUCUGGCAGCAUCCACAGUUGUGAUCUCCUUCCUGGUGUGGGUUACCCAGAGACGUAAAGCCAAAUCACUCUGAGGCUGAGGUGCUUUUAAUCUGACAAGAAACAGACUCCUUAAAGAGAUAAUAACACUGACAAAGCCCAGGAUGGCACCACGCUCCUUCAUAAAUAUUUUAUUAAUUUUCUUUUUCUGGGGCGGCUAUAUUUUAUUUCAGGGGGAUAUUAAAAACUGGCAUUUUUAAUAUAAUUAUUGUGAUUUAAUUUUAGAAAAAAAAAAAAAAAAGCUUUGAUGUAUGACCUAAUGUUUGACAGGGAUGCCACUAGGAUUGCUUCAGCUUGAGUUUUUCAAAAGAAGAUUGACAGAAAAUAGUGUACACUAUAGAUGAUUCUGACAAACAAAUGCUAAAUGUGUGAGUUUACACCAAAAAUAAUAAUUUUAUGCAUGUUUAAAAAAAAGUUGAGCAAAAUAGUUAUUGCAUGCUGCCGCUGGGGUUUACUUUGAGGGGAAAAAACAGCUGUAUUAAAUUUACACCAUCAAAAAUGCAGGUUUUUCUGUACUUUAAUGAUGGUUUUAACCUCUUUCAUUCAAAUGUACUCUGGACAAUUAUUUUAAUUUCAGAGUAAAUAUUUCACUUGUUUUAGUUUGUGGUUGGUGGGUCUGGUUAAAUACCAGUUUGCUCUACAAACGUUGGGGAUUUCAUAUUCCUGCUGUUGUAUAAUUGCCUUUUCUUUUUCUAUUUGGCUGACUGAAUAAUAACUGUCUUUCAUGAGAGUUUCAGAUUGUUGUCCUGAUCUACUCUACAAUCUGAAUGUUUUCUGUUGUAUCAUUUGUUCAAAGUUGUCAUGCUUCAUGUUGCUCAAAGUUCAGGGUUUUAAUAAAGAUUUUAAAAUA